AGGCGGAAGUGACAUCAUGCGCGGGGCGGAAGCGCACUCCGUGCUUUCAGCUGUCAAAACAAAAAGCAGGAACUGCGACGUAGUGUUACAGAUAUGGAGGAGCUGGUGCAGGACCUGGUGUCUGCGUUGGAGCAGACCUCGGAGCAGGCUGAGCUGGAUGAUCUGUGGCAGGAGAUGGUGCUCAGGCCACUGCAGCACCGGCGCCAGGUUCGCAGGCGGAGGGGCCGCAAACGACGCUGUGAUUUUGAGCACAGCCUCUGCCUCAGUGAAGCAUCCGAGUCCAGCCUGGAUGAAGCCUUUGCGAGAGAACAGAGACACGGUGCUGCAGGAGCUGUGGCCAUUGCAGCAGGUCCUGUGCUGGCUGCUAACCACAGUGAUUCUGAUGACACGCUGAUAGUCAAGCGCUGGACUCCGUCAUCACUGUCCUUCCGUACCAGACAGCAUUCCUGGCCGGAGUCAGACUCGUUCACAGAGAACACACCAGGAAGACCUCUGCGCAGACGCCGCAAAGUCAAACGCAUGCCACCAAACAUAAAUGUAAACCUGCAGCAGAGAUUUAGAGUGUGUGGACUGGAGAGAGGUGAACAAACCCAUCGUCACUGUCAUCACCAUCAUCAUCAUCAUCAUCAUCAUCAGAGGUCCUAUAAGAAGCAGAGACUGAGCCGGCUGAAAAAGCGCUCCGGGGGCUGGUCUAAGCAGGACGGCGGCUCUGUGGUGGCUGGAGUGGGAGGCCUGUCUCAGGAAUGCUGGAAGGACAAGAUCCUGCGCCAGGCCAAGGAAAAGAAAGAGGCGUCCGAUGAGAACAUGUCAGAAUGUGAGACGAGCAGCGUGUGCAGCAGUGACCCUGGUCUUUUCACCACUGAUGAGGGAAGGCAAGGUGAUGAUGAACAGAGCGACUGGUUCUUUGAAGGUGAAUGUGCAUCAGGCAUUGGUGUUCAGGGCCUGAUCUCCAGCAGAGAGUCGGAAACAGCCCCCAGACCUGCUGCACUCGACGCUAUGAAAGAGAAACAUCACUCGGCUACUUUCCUCCACCCAAGCCAACCCAGUCAGAGAGGUUGUCAUGCUCGUAUAAACCGUUUGCCAGGUGUGACUGCGUGCUGCAUUAGGAAAGGCAGAAGGAGAUUGCCUGCCAAGGAUAAUAAUAUUGCUGCUUGUGUGGACAAACUGAGGAACUACUCACAUGAUUCCUAUCAGAGAGAGUUUUGGCUGCCCCCCUAUGGGAAGCGAGACAGAAGACAGCUGAAACCUUUGUGUUCAUUCUCCAUGUAUCCUCUUGGCAUGGGUCCAGACGCCUCCAAUCCAAGAUGCUCCAUAUCUGAAUGUAAAAACAGACAGCGUAGCGCACAACUGGGAAUGCUGUGUGGAGGAGACAUCAAGAGGAGGAGGAAAACUGUAGCAGUUCCCAGUGCCACUUCAGUCUACCUCCCAUUCCGUAAGGAGGCCAGACGAGAAGAGGCUACCCGAUGCUGUGAGACGGCUUUCUCUCCUGGAGGAGAAUGUGCUCUCCCCUUGCCAUCCACUUCAAACACACCAGACUUCAUCAAACCGGGGACUUCAUUCAGCAGCCAGAGGGAACACGAGGAUGACUGACAUACACUCUCACAUUGGCUGCCCUCUUCAUGGGCACAGCUGCUCAGGGUGGAGAACCUAGUCCAGCACACAGAGAAUACUGACGUGAACAGAAACAACGCUCUGUGACAAAACUUUCUGGAUUAAGUCUUUCCAACCAAGUAACCAUCUUGCAGACAAAAAUGCUAAUGCAGUCAGUUGGGUCAAGAUGUAAGCCCAAGGCAGCUAACCCACCAGUCAUCACCCCAUUCAUACUGAUUCAGAUUGAGACUGGAUUUGCCACUGUGGCUAUAGAAAUGUCCACUGGGUUUUUUGGUAUGUAUGUUACAGAAGUAGCUCAUUGUAUAGCAUCACUUAAGUCAGAUAUGUUACGCUGAUACAGCUAUCAGAAGAUCAACCACCGAAAGUGAAAACAUCUAGGUCCCUUAUUAACAUGGAUAUGAAAUGCUAGAGUGCUCUAAAAACACUCAUUAGCACAACAGAGAGAGUGUGUGUUCCUGCACCCUCCGGGGGGCUUCCACUCCCUGCUUCACAGUCCACAUUCAAAUGUUCACACAUAAAAGUUUGGUGCAGCACAGCACCUGCUUAAACGUGCAUUUUAAUUUGAAGUUACUGUUUCAAAUUGGUGUGGUGAAAUUUGAUGAGUGAUGAGUCUUAAUAUUUAAUACAGUUUGGGGUCAGUGGUAAUCAGUUGCGUGAUGAUAGCCCGAGUUUGUGUAUUAUUAUUAAUAUUAUUAUUAUUAUUAUUAUUAGCAUGAAUUGCUGUAAAUAUUUUAUGGACCAGCUGAGAAUCCUUCAUGUGCUUGUGCUUUUGCUAUUGGAAUUUAAUACCUGUUGCUUGCUGGAACCCUUUCUACUUCAGCAAUCAGUAUAAUGAGACUGCUUUUUGCUUCUGUUGACGUUUAUAAAUGGACCAACGUGGCUGUGUAGACAGCUGUGGGAACUGUAGUGUCCCUUUUCCGCUGCGCUCUUCAUCCAUAUGACCAGCUGCCUUGAAUUGACAGAUUGUUGCUGUAUUUCCUUAUCGUGUUUUUGUCAAUCGUCAAAGCUAUUGCCUCACCUGUCUGUAAUUAGUUGUUACUAUGACAACAUUACCUCAUGAGCCCCUCCUCCAUUUGCAUGCGUGCGGCCUGAAAUGAGUUUCGUUGGUGGGGCAGAAAGUGGGAGUGAGGGGGGGACAACACGACGCGUGCACCCCGUCAAUCACCUCAGCUACAGUUAAGGAAUCCAGUGGGCUGAUGCUCCUCAUAUUUCAUCCUUGGUAAAGAUUACCUGUCGGCCCCAGAGGAGAUGUAUUGAUCUGUUUUCCUUUUUUUCUGCCAGCAAUCACCUGACAAAGGCACCUAGGAGUGCAGAAGUGAGUGAUGCCCCUUCAUGUCUCCACCCACUGAGGUAUAUUUUGGGCGGA